AUGCUGCCAAUCAACAUUUUGUUGUUCAGCUCAAUCGUCUUCUUCAAACGUAGCAGUGUUCAUCAAUCGGCAAAAGCCAUGCAGCUUGUGCCUCAACAUUCAUAUCUACAAAGAGGGUCUCUGUUCGUCAUGAUUUCGCAGCCGCCUACCUCGAGUGGUAUUCGAAUCAAAGCACAAAAUUCGGAGUGCCUCAGGGCAUAUUUUCCAAUCCACGGCAUCCAUGCCUUGUUCACUCGGAUCGAGUACCAACCAACGGAUCCAGAAGAUGAUUGCGAAAAAUUAGCGUAUGGAGCUAAACAUCCAGGUGUCAUAUUGAGCCGACUCUUUGCGCAGUCACAAUGGAAAUUAACCUUAGGCAAGUGCCCGCGAAGUGGUCGUUUUCCAUACUUUCUGAUUCCAUCUAAGUUUCAAAGUAGUGAAAAUAACCGGGUCGGCGACGGGAUCAGAGCAAGGUUCAUAAAAUUGUGCGACCGCGUACACAAGCUGUCGAAUUCACAGAACCAUUCCAUUGGCAAGGACGGAAAGCAAGAUGUGAAUUGUCUGUCGGUAUCCAUAUCAUGCAUCGAGAUGUGUCACAAUACCUUUUCCCGAUGCACUCGCCCAACCAUCAUCACAGUUGGUAUCAAACAGUCAGGGUGCGCGAACGGAUACAUCCCAAUAAGCAAACAGUUAUCCGAAGAUUGCAUUUGGAGCGUUACGGAAGAGUUCGUAUUUCACGAAAAUAAUCGAGUCUGGUGCUGUAACACAGUUCCUCCGCUGUCCACUUUGCUCCAAAUCCCGAGAAUCGCGGUCCAUGACUCGUUUUUUCUGGCAGUUCAGAUCCGAAAGACAUAA